AUGCGCGGACCUGUAAUUGGCAAACUAUGCGGGCUAUCGACUCAAGCCGUUGGAUUAAUUGAAGGGCUUAGAUUAACAUAGAUAAUAAAUAAAUAAAUAAACCAAAAAUUUAAAUUGGUAUCAAAUUAAGACUAGUGCGAAGUUAAUGGGCUGUUGUGUGACUUUUGUCUACUUUCUCUUUCUCUCUCUUUCGUUUUUCUUUUUCUGUCAUCAUUUUUUUGUGUUUUGGUGGGCAAUCGGCGUCGCUUAGCACCGUUGAAAUUGAAAUGAAAGAUUAAAAAGACAGUAAAUCUUUUGACAAAAUUGAUUAAAGAUCUAAGGUAGGGGUUGAAAGUAGAGGGUUUGAAUAGUGUUUCUUAUAUAGUAUAUAUAAUGAUACACAUAAACAUUGAUUGAUUUGACCCACUCAAAGUUUUGUUGAGACUUGAUGUUUGUGUAAUCAUAGGUGUUAGGGUGUGUUUUUUAGCAACACCCAAGACUAUAGAGUUGAGUCAUGAGUGAAGUUAAAACACAGACAGUACAAUCCAGUACAGUGCAGAACGCAACAGAAAAAGACCAGAAACUCCAAGGACUUGCAAAUGGAGGCUAUUAACGAGACCACCGUCGCCGUCCUCCCCAGUCAGAGUAAACCGAUCCGUUGCAUCGUAAAACUUGGGGGAGCAGCGAUUACCUGUAAAAACGAACUAGAGAAUAUAAAUGAAGACAGUCUUGAGCUAGUUGCAUCACAUUUGAGGCAAGCAAUGAAUAUUGGGUCUUGCUCUGAGAAAGUUGUUAGCUUGGAUUGGAGCAAGAGACCUGGAAUUUCAGAGGUUUCCUGCAAUGUUGAUGAUUUCAAAGAUCAAUUCACGGAGGACCCUCGCAGUUUUGUUGUUGUUCACGGGGCAGGUUCGUUUGGGCAUUUUCAAGCUAGCAAAUCAGGGGUCCAUAAAGGAGGAUUGAACCAGCCCCUUGUCAAGGCUGGUUUUGUUGCCACUCGGAUUUCUGUUACAACGCUUAAUCUUGAAAUUGUUCGAGCACUAGCCAGAGAGGGUAUUCCUUCUAUUGGAAUGUCUCCAUUUCCAUGUGGUUGGUCAACCAGACACAGAAAUAUUGCCUCAGCUGAUUUGUCAGCAGUUGCUAAGGCGGUUGAUUGUGGAUUUGUACCUGUUUUGCAUGGAGAUGCAGUACUUGAUGAAUUACAGGGAUGCACAAUAUUGAGCGGAGAUGUCAUCAUACGUCAUCUUGCUGCUUCUAUGAAGCCUGAAUUUGUUGUCUUCCUUACAGAUGUUUUCGGUGUUUAUGACCGUCCACCUGCAGAACCUAAUGCAGUACUCUUGAAGGAGAUAGCUGUGUGCGAGGAUGGUAGCUGGUCUGUUGUGCAACCAGCACUUGAGAACAUGAAUAAGCAAGUUGAAAUAACUGUGGCAGCCCAUGACACAACUGGUGGAAUGGUGACCAAGAUAUCAGAAGCUGCAAUGAUCGCGAAACUUGGAAUAGACGUUUAUAUCGUGAAGGCAGCAACAAGCCAUGCAUUGAGGGCCUUAAGUGGAGAAGUGAGAGGCACUAUUCCUGAUGACUGGCUUGGAACUGUCAUCCGAUUUGCAAGGUAUUAGUUUGGAGCAUCCAUGCUUUAUUACAAGAAGGGGUGCCACUCCACAUUUUGUUGUACGGUAAUUCAUUCGAGCCAGCAUCAUCAAAAUUAAGAAGAAAGGUGGAUUCACUGAUGCAAUGCUAUGCUGCAGAUUCUCCUUUGUUGUAGACGCUUUGAAUCCAGAACUACACUUUCAGUGUUUAAUAAUGUCAAGCUGAGGAUCACUUCUACAUGCAUUUAAGUUAAUUUUGAGAA